CUGCGCCGCGCAUGCCCCUUCCUUUCUAGCUCCGGCCCCGUACGCAGUAGCCGCCGCGGUGAGUUCCUCUGGAGUCUGGGUUCCAUCGGCCCCCAUCCUGGCCCUCUGGCUGCGGUAGUCGCUGCGCUUCCCCAGGCGUGGGGCGGAGGAGGCUCUAUCCCGAUCCCCGCACGGCCAUUUCCGAGCAGUGAGAGCGGCCAGGGGCGCAUUUCGCAGGGCAGUGGGAUUCUGGCUUGCGAAGAUUGGCGUCCCAUGGCGGGGGCGGAGGAAGGGAGGAUCCGGCUUGGGAGGCUGUCGCUCCUGCACGCUUUUCCUUCGGGGCAGAACUCCGCACUCCGUGCUGCGUCCUUACCCGGCCCUGGAGCUCUAGCUCGGGAAGAGAACGAUGCUGAUGCCCAAGAAGAACCGGAUUGCCAUUUAUGAACUCCUUUUUAAGGAGGGAGUGAUGGUGGCCAAAAAAGACGUGCACAUGCCGAAGCACCCCGAGCUGGCGGACAAGAAUGUGCCUAAUCUUCACGUCAUGAAGGCCAUGCAGUCACUCAAGUCACGAGGCUACGUGAAGGAACAGUUUGCUUGGAGACAUUUCUAUUGGUACCUUACCAACGAGGGUAUCCAGUAUCUCCGUGAUUACCUCCACCUCCCCCCUGAGAUUGUGCCUGCUACCCUGCGCCGCAGCCGUCCUGAGACUGGCAGGCCACGGCCCAAAGGUCUGGAGGGAGAGCGACCUGCACGAUUCACACGAGGGGAAGCUGACAGAGACACCUACAGACGAAGCGCUGUGCCCCCUGGUGCUGACAAGAAAGCCGAGGCUGGAGCUGGGUCAGCAACAGAGUUCCAAUUUAGAGGCGGCUUUGGUCGUGGACGUGGUCAGCCACCUCAGUAAAGUUGGAAGAGAUUGUUUUGUGUUGAAUAAACCUGUAGCCAGAAAAGACCGUUA